AUGGAGAAAGACAGUUCUGUACCCAGGGUGCCUUCCAAGCACAAUACAUCCAGGCACUUGAUCCUCACACUGAUAGUGGCACUUACAACAUUAGUUGCUGUCAUUGUUUACACAUUUAGUGGACAUUUACAGACGCAGUAUCUUUCAAUUUUAGAUACUAUGCUCUCGCGCAAAUUUAAUGUAUAUAGACCUGAUGACGUCAGGGAUUUGAAGUUAACUGACGAUGAAAAGAACCAUUUGCUAAAAUUGGGUCUCACUCCUAAUGAUCCAUUUAUUGUGGAAAAUACAUCAGAUGGAAGUAAGAAAACAAUUCAUGGAAGAUUUUUACAUAUAACAGAUAUACAUCCAGAUGCCUUCUAUAAAGAGGGCACCUCGAUUGACAAUGUUUGCCAUUCAAAUAAACCUGACAGGAAGAAGGAUUUUGCACCAUAUUUUGGUGCCCCUAAGAGCGGAUGUGAUUCCCCAAUGGAAUUGAUGGAAUAUACUUUGAAAUGGGUUGCUGAUAAUUUGAAAAAUAAAAUCGAUUUCGUUAUUUGGACUGGGGAUAACAUAAGGCAUGACAAUGACCGUUAUCAUCCAAGAAAUGAAUUCCAAAUUUUUGAUAUGAACGAAUUAGUUUCAGGCAAAUUCCAUGAUAUUUUCAAAAACCAAAAUAGUAAAAAUCCAAGAGACUUUGAUGUUCACGUAAUACCAAGUCUGGGAAAUAACGACGUUUUUCCACAUAACUUAUUCUCAUUGGGUCCUACUUUGCAAACCAGAGAGUUUUUCAAAAUAUGGAACACUUAUAUACCAGAGGAACAGCAACAUAUUUUCAAUAAAGUAGCUUCAUUUUUUGUUGAAGUUAUCCCUGGUAAAUUGGCCGUCCUUUCGAUAAAUACGUUAUACCUAUACAAAGCUAACCCAUUAGUUGAUAAUUGCAACUCUCCAAAGACACCCGGUUAUCAAUUACUAUUAUGGCUAGGUUAUGUGCUAGAAGAACUAAGAGCAAGAGGGAUGAAGGUGAUAUUAUCAGGUCAUGUUCCACCAAUUCCUAAAAAUUAUGAAAACUCUUGUUACCAUAAAUAUAACCUUUGGACAUAUGAAUACAGAGAUAUAAUAAUUACAGGUUUAUAUGGUCACAUGAAUAUGGACCAUUUUAUCCCCCUAAAUGGUAAGAAAUCGAGAAAUAUAAUAGAUUCUACAGACUUUAUAGCUUUAGCAAACGAACAAAUUUCUGCCAGUUAUUUUGGCAAUAAAGAAACCAUGGAAGAUAUCGAUAACGAUUCAAUCCUGGGACAUGCAAUCGAAGCUUCUGAGUUACGCAGUUACGGUGCACGUCCAGUUAAUAAAGAACAGUAUAUGAGGAAAAUUAAAAGAUUAUAUUACCAAAAGAUCAGUGAUAGACUUGAUGACAUAUUGAAAGUAAAUGACUUUACAUCUGAGAAAAAUAAGACCGGCAAAAAGAAGAAGAAAGGUGGAAAGAAGAAGAAACAACCAAGUUUGGACAAAUUUGCUGAAAGAUAUAAUAUCGUCAACAUAGCCGGUUCAGUAAUACCUACUUUCAACCCUUCAUUUAGAGUUUGGGAAUAUAACACAACUGAACUGAGAGAAACUCAACCGUCCUUUAAGGCCAAAUCUUGGAACCACUUCUUUAAAACAUUACAAGUGAAAUUAGAAGAGGACCUUAAGAAAUUUGAAUCUUUCCAAAACUCAAAAGAUUUAUAUAACGCACUAGCGAGAAAAAAAGUAGAUAAAAGCAUUCCAGAGCCUAAACCAUCCAAUUUACCAUUAGGUCCAGCACAUGUAUCACAGUUAUUUUCUUUAACGAAAUUCGUUCAAUAUUAUGCUGACUUGGAGGUAAUCAAUAAAAAUUAUUAUGAUUUAUUGGACAAUAAUUCAUCAGAAAAAGAAGCUGCCGAAAAAAGUUUCCUUUACGAAGUCGAAUACACAUCUACCGAUGAACCUUAUCACGUGGAUACUCUCUUAGUUAAGGAUUACCUGAAUAUAAUACGGGAGCUGGUAAAAGACAACGAUCUUUGGAAGUCAUUCAAAAAACGUGCAUUCAUCUCAUCUGGUUAUGAAGAUGAUUAA